AUGAGGUGGAACAUUUUAAUAGGAAUAUUGCUGAUUGGCGUCGCGUGCGCAUCGGAAGAGGAUGACAGCGUGCCUGAUGCCGGCGUUGAUGAUGAGGACGAAGAACUGCCUUUAGAUCGUGAGGAGUCUCGUAACCUAAGGCCAAGGGCAUACACCCCAGUAGCGUACCCUAAUACACUGCCAAGUGGAUUCCGGCCCACACCGUCUCUAGCUGAACUGGCUGGUUACCAGAGAGCCCAAGAACAGGAGUACAUUGUCCCAACUAGACCACAACAAGUCUACAUUGAGGAACAACGACAACAAAUCAGGACACCACAUAGAAAGCCCCAAGAUCAACGACCAGCAAAAUUGCAGCAGUCAUUAGAAGAAGAGGAAGAAUCAGAAGAAAAAGAGGAACCAGACCGGCUUUCAGCAUUGCUUCAGCAGUCUAAGUUUGAUUGUAGCACUAGGAAGACCGGUUACUACGCCGAUGAAGACUUGAACUGCGAGGUUUUCCAUUACUGUCAAGACAAUGUCAAGCAUUCUUGGAUUUGCCCCGAUGGUUUCACCUUCCAUCAAGUUCAUCUGAUUUGCAUGCCGCCAACACACGACAAUAUUUGCCAAAAAUCAUCAAAGUACCACUUCGUAAAUGAAUACUUAUACAAACCAAUCAAUGAGGAGGAAGUUCAAAGGAAACCAAAUUCGCCACUUCGUUAUUCCGAGAGAUAUUAUCCGUCUGAGGUCUACAAUGAUGAUAGAUACGAAAGAGAAGAUGAAGAAGAGGAAGAAGAUCCUAGAAGACAACAACAAGCUGCACAAAUUCAAGAAAGGCCCUCUCAGAGACAGCAAUACCAGCCCCAAGUAUUCAGAUCAGCUGAAGAAGUUAAUAUUCCAUUAGUCCAAAGACGUCCUCAGCGACCUUUCGACUUUGAAUCUUAG